GGAAAAGCUGCCGACUGCCAAGUGCCUGCAUUCCCUGGUUAAAUUUUUUUGAUUUUUUUUUACAUCGAGUUCCCUCAAGGGCAACAACCUCUUAAAUGGUUAGAGAGAGUUGGCGUCUAGUUCUUGUAUUCUUCAUUUGAAUUUACCAAUUCGCCGACUUCGCUAGUGCCUGCCUACAUACCAAGGGUCGCGCAUCAGUCUUUUUUCUACUCCACCCACGGCAUACUCGGUGAUUUUGCGCCGCGUAGCUUGGACCCAGGCUUAACAACCAACCUUCACACUUGUGCAUUACCUGACUCCGUCUUCCUGCUCUUUGAUUCACCCAGCCAUCCCACACACACGUGGCCACCCAACGCCAAUAUGCUCUAUCGAAGCCUCCGCAUUGUAGCACGCGCUGCUCCCAAAUUCUCGGCGUGCGGUUCGCACACGCCACUUCGACACCUUCCCCUGCAGUUCCAACAUGUUCGAACCUAUGCAGACAAGAUUGUCAAGGUGCCCACGAUGGCAGAGUCGAUCAGCGAGGGCACGUUAAAGCAAUGGAGUAAACAGAUUGGCGACUUUGUUGAACAGGACGAAGAGAUUGCGACAAUCGAGACCGACAAGAUCGACGUCGCCGUGAAUGCACCUGAAGCGGGGACAAUUAAAGAAUUUCUGGUCAGUGAAGAGGAUACUGUCACAGUUGGUCAAGAUAUCGUGCGAAUGGAGCUCGGGGGCGCGCCUUCUGAAGGUGGAGAGAAGAAACCCAAGGAGUCUAAGCAUGUCGCUGCGAAAGAGCCCGCAGCUGGGAAGGAUGCGAAGCCCGAGAGUACGCCAGAGCCUGCGGCCAAACCUGAAGCCAGCAAACCUACCGCGCCACCUACCCCCGAGAAGAAGGGCGAAAAGAAAGACGACGGUUCGGCGCCGAAUCUCGCCACACUCGGCAACCGAGAAGAACGACGGGUCAAGAUGAACAGGAUGCGCCUGCGCAUUGCCGAGCGUCUCAAGCAGUCUCAGAACACAGCGGCGUCUUUAACAACCUUCAACGAGGUUGACAUGUCCGCUCUAAUGGAGUUUCGCAAGUUAUACAAGGACGAGGUUCUCAAGAAGACGGGCGUCAAGCUCGGAUUCAUGAGUGCUUUCUCCCGCGCCUGUGUACUCGCAAUGCGCGAUCUUCCUGGUGUGAACGCUUCUAUUGAGGGACCUAACGGCGGCGACACAAUUGUCUAUCGAGACUAUGUGGACAUAAGCGUUGCAGUUGCAACCGAGAAGGGUCUCGUGACCCCAGUCGUGCGUAACGUGGAGACUUUAGACAUGAUUGGGAUCGAAAAAGCUAUCGCAGAUAUGGGCAAGAAGGCUCGGGACGGGAAACUCACGAUUGAGGAUAUGGCUGGCGGCACGUUCACCAUCAGCAACGGAGGCGUAUUUGGCUCACUGAUGGGAACUCCGAUUAUCAACCUCCCGCAGACUGCUGUUCUCGGCCUCCAUGCUAUCAAGGACCGCCCUGCUGUCGUGAAUGGCAAGGUUGAGGUUAGGCCUAUGAUGUACCUUGCGCUAACAUACGACCAUCGGUUGCUGGACGGAAGAGAGGCUGUCCAGUUCCUGGUCAAGGUCAAGGAGUAUAUUGAAGAUCCUAGGAAGAUGCUCUUGUAAAUAUCUCGUUUGCUAGUAUGUGUUCUGGUUUAGGUACGCCAACGGCUACUUGCUUCCGAUAGAAGGUUAACUAAGUACCUCGUCAACAAGGACCUUUGUAUGAUAUAGAUUAUAAUAGAUUUUAUAAAAUUCCGUUCUACGUCU